AUGUCUGACUCGUUCAAUACGUAUGAAAGUGACUUCCAGCUUGCAUUGCAGGAAGCCAAAGCCAAAAUCUCCCAGAUUGAGUCUGUAGACGGAGAGCAACGAAAACAAUAUUUGAAAGCGAUAGAAGCUGCUAACGAUGAGGCAUUGGAAGUGCUUGACCAAAUGACUAUUGAAGUACAAAACCUUCCCUCGAAUCAACGUUCGUCAUACAACACCAAGAUUCGCCAGUACAAGUCUCAAGUUGAAGAGACAAAGAAAAAGUAUAAGCAACUUGCUGACUCCCAGGACAAGCACGAUCUAUUUGGUAGUCGAUACAAAGACGACCUGGAGUUUGGCAAUGGCGGUGCUGGAGACUCACAAAGAAAACAGUUGUUGAAUAAUCAUUCAUCAUUAGAGCGUUCGUCUCAGAGAUUACAAGAUAGUCAACGUAUAGCGUUGGAGACGGAACAGAUUGGCGGUAAUAUCCUUAAUGAUUUGAGGUCGCAGAGGGAACAAAUUGGCGGUGCAAGAAAUACGUUGAUGCAGGCUGAUACGUAUGUUGACAAGAGCGUACAGACUUUGAAAAGCAUGGGCAGACGGUUGGUGGCCAAUAAGUUUAUCAGCUAUGCCAUUAUUGCAGUGUUGAUUUUGUUAAUCCUUUUAGUUCUUUAUAGUAAGUUUUCCUAG